UCCGAGAGGCAGCGGCGGCGCUGACCACUCCCGGGCCCCGCCCCCUAUACCGCCCCCGCCCGCCAAAGUCUGCGCGCGAAUUCCGUGGCGCGAAUUGAAGGCUGCAGUCGGGCGACGAGUGGUUCCGGGUGUGACGCGCAGGACAGCGGCGCGAGGGGCCGGCGAGAGGCAGGAGCAGCGGCUGGAGAAGAGGAGGAGGAGAGGGGAAGGGAGAAUUCUGGCCCAUCAUGCAGCGAAGUAUCAUGUCAUUUUUCUACCCCAAGAAGGAGGGCAAAGUGAAAAAGCCAGAGAAGGAGACCUCCAACAGCGUCAGAGAGACGGAGCCGCCUCCAAAGGUGGCACUGAAGGAGCGGAAUGGAGAGGUGCCUGAGAGCGAUUCUCCAGUGAAGAGGCCGGGGCGGAAGGUGGCCCGGGUCCUGGGCAGUGAAGGGGAGGAGGAGGACGAGGCCCUCACACCCUCCAAAGGCCAGAAGCCUGCCCCGGGCUCUCCACAAGUCUCCCCUCCCAGCCCUGUCACAUUUCCCGAGAGCAGCCCUUCCCUCUCCGGCACCUCUCCUGUGGACGUCUCCCUAGCAGGGAUCCCGAAGCGGCGGACGGCUCGGAAGCAGCUUCCUAAGCGGACAAUACAGGAUGUCCUGGAGGAGCAGGCCAAGGACGAGGACAGAGAGGCCAAGAGGAAGAAGGAGAAAGAAGCUGAGACCCCACCAGAAAGCCUCACAGAGCCUGAAGUGACCCAAGAGAAAGAAGCAGAGGAAGAGGACCAGCCCGUGACGUCCCCUGAGCACCCAGAGACCUCGGCAGAAUCCCCGCCGGACAGCGCCUCGGAGCCUGAGGUGGCUGGGAAGCCGGAGGCUCGGGAGGAGGACCCGGCCAGGCCACCCCCCAGAGCUCCCAAAACGGUCAGCAGCUUCUUUGCCCCCCGGAAACCGGCAACCAAGAAAGAAGGGAAAGAAGAGGGACCUGGCACUCCAAGACAGGAGGAGGCCAAGGGACCCCCGGACCCCCCCAGCUACAAUCCUGCCAAGAACAACUACCAUCCCAUCGACGACGCAUGCUGGAAGCCAGGCCAGAAGGUUCCUUACCUGGCUGUGGCCCGGACCUUUGAGAAGAUUGAGGAAGUUUCUGCUCGGCUCCGGAUGGUAGAGACGCUGAGCAACUUGCUGCGUUCUGUGGUGGCCCUGUCCCCUCCAGACCUCCUCCCCAUCCUCUACCUCAGCCUCAACCGCCUCGGGCCGCCCCAGCAGGGCCUGGAGCUUGGCGUUGGUGACGGCGUCCUCCUCAAGGCAGUGGCCCAGGCCACGGGGCGGCAGCUGGAGUCUGUCAAGGCCGAGGCGGCCGAGAAGGGCGACGUGGGGCUGGUGGCGGAGAGCAGCCGCAGCACCCAGAGACUCGUGCUGCCCCCGCCCGCUCUCACCGCCGCCGGAGUCUUCACCAAGUUCCGAGACAUCGCCCGGCUGGCCGGCAGCGCUUCCACAGCCAAGAAGAUGGACGUCAUCAAAGGCCUAUUUGUCGCCUGCCGCCACUCAGAAGCCCGAUACAUCGCCAGAGCCCUGAGCGGACGGCUGCGCCUCGGGCUAGCAGAGCAAUCGGUGCUGGCCGCCCUCGCCCAGGCCGUGAGCCUCACGCCCCCUGGCCAAGAAUUCCCCCCGGGCAUUGUGGAUGCUGGGAAGGGCAGGACAGCAGAGGCCCGAAAGACAUGGCUGGAGGAGCAGGGCAUGAUCCUGAAGCAGACGUUCUGCGAGGUGCCUGACCUGGACCGGAUCAUCCCUGUCCUGCUGGAGCACGGCCUGGAGCGCCUCCCAGAGCAUUGCAAGCUGAGCCCAGGGGUUCCCCUGAAACCAAUGCUGGCACACCCCACCCGCGGAGUCAGCGAGGUCCUAAAACGCUUCGAGGAGGCAGCUUUCACCUGCGAGUACAAAUACGAUGGGCAGAGGGCACAGGUAGGGGGAUCCCAUGUCCUAGAAGGCGGGGAGGUGAAGAUCUUCAGCAGGAAUCAGGAAGACAAUACCAGCAAGUACCCGGACAUCAUCAGCCGCAUCCCCAAGAUUAAACUCCCGUCAGUCACAUCCUUCCUCAUGGACACAGAAGUGGCUUGGGACAGGGAAAAGAAGCAGAUCCAGCCAUUCCAAGUGCUCACCACCCGCAAACGCAAGGAGGUGGACGCAGCAGAAAUCCAAGUGCAGGUGUGUCUGUAUGCCUUCGACCUCAUCUACCUCAAUGGAGAGUCCCUGGUGUGCAAGCCGCUUUCCCGACGCCGGCAGCUGCUCCGGGAGAACUUCGUGCAGACGGAGGGCGAAUUUGUCUUCGCCACCUCCCUGGACACCAAGGACACGGAGCAGAUCGCCAAGUUCUUGGAGCCGUCUGUGAAAGACUCCUGCGAGGGGCUGAUGGUGAAAACCCUGGACGUCGACGCCACCUACGAGAUCGCCAAGAGGUCACACAACUGGCUCAAGCUGAAGAAGGACUACCUCGAUGGCGUGGGCGACACCCUGGACCUCGUGGUGAUUGGCGCCUACCUGGGCCGUGGCAAGCGGGCCGGCCGCUACGGGGGCUUCCUGCUGGCCGCCUACGACGAGGAGAGCGAGGAGCUCCAGGCCAUAUGCAAGCUCGGAACCGGCUUCAGCGACGAGGAGCUGGAGGAGCACCACCACAGGCUCCAGGCCCUGGUGCUGCCCAGCCCGCGCCCCUACGUCCGGGUGGACGGCGCCGUGGCCCCUGACCACUGGCUGGACCCCAGCGCCGUGUGGGAGGUGAAAUGCGCUGACCUGUCCCUGUCCCCCAUCUACCCCGCUGCCCGGGGCCUGGUGGAUGGUGAGAAGGGGAUCUCCCUUCGCUUUCCUCGGUUUAUCCGUGUCCGUGAAGACAAGAAGCCAGAGGAGGCCACCACCAGCGCCCAGGUGGCUUCACUGUACAAGAAGCAGAGUCAGAUUCAGAAUCAGCAGGGCGCAGAUCUGGACUCCGACCCGGAAGAUUUCUACUAGGCUCCUCCCCGCCCAGGGGCUGGGGGCCGGGGGCACGGAGGUGCAGAAACGCAGAUGUCUUGUUGCUCAGCAGACCUGCUGUUGCGAUCGGGGGGGUGGGAGGGGUCUGGAGUGUCACAGGUGCGCGUGCGUGCGCGCGCGCGCACGUGUGUGUGUGUGUGUGUGUGUGUGUGUGUGUGUGUGUGUGUGUGUGAGGGGGAUGGGUUAAGCGGGAUCUGGGAUUUAUUUGAUCAUUUUCUUCAAUAAAUAAUUAUUGAACACCCGGCGCCGUGUCAGGGUGUGUGCUGGGCUCUGGGGUACAGCCCCAGGAACUCCCACGUGGGUGGCAUGUGACAGGCCCCGUGCCAGCACCUUCCCAUACACUCUUCCACUGUGCUGGAAACAUCCCGUGUCCACACGGCCAAGCAGGACAGCCACUGGCCGCGCCCAACCACUGAGCCAUGGUGUGUUUUAUUUCAUUUUCAUGAAUUUUUCUGUGAGCAGCCACAUGCCGUUAGGGGCUAUUGUAGGAGACAGCGGUGGCCUUGACCAUGAAUGUUAACUCCGGUAACCCGCAGCGGUCCUGCCAGGCAGGCAGUGGGGGGCGGGGGGGGGGCAGAGAGCAGGGAUUGGGCAUCCAGGCCCACACUGGGGUUCUGACCCGGCAGUCCGGCUCCGGGCCCCAUCCUCGUGGGAGACAGUGCAGUGACUGUGAGACCCCCUCCCCAGCUCUGCGGCCCACCGACUGGGGACUGCUGAUUCUGGGGCCUGAGCCGUGAGGUUUGGUCACCCAUAGAUCCCCAGCCCUGUGGUUCCCUUAGGCAUGGAACCCAGUCUUCCUGAGGAAAGCGGGGCAGGGGACAUGCUCUUUCCCCUCCACGCCUCUGCAGACCCCUGUGAACACCGCCCCCCCAAGCAGCUGUGGCCGCCUGGCCCUCUGCCAGGGCUGGGCGGGAUCGUCCUCACUCACCAAAGACCCUCUCAACAAUUUUUAUUACCCCAUUUGACAGAUGGGGGCACUGAGGCAAAGGGAUGGAAGUUAGUUUCCCUACAUCCUCUAUCUAGGAGACAGAGGGCCAGGAUUUGGUCCAGGCGGUCUGCAGGAGGCCCUGUGCCCAGAGUGCCUCUCGGGGGGAGCCUUGUGUGGCCCCUCGAGGAUGUGGAACCUAAUCCCGCAAGCAGUGAAGGUCUGGAAGUGACAAGAUCCUGCCGAUGGCUGGAGAUGCAGAUGGUGAAGGGAUGACCCCGGGGUGAGAGGUCCAGGGGCUGGGGGCAGCAGCUAGAACAUCUUUCCUUGGUGCAAUGCUUCUAGAACUUGUCGAGACCCAUCAAGGGCAGAAGGUGCUCGGAGCUGAGUCCUGGGAAGUGUGUGCAGAGCGGGGGAGGGGACAGGAGCGCUCAUUCAUUAUUGCGCAUGAAUCGAAUAUAUAAUUUCGAAUUGUCACAUUACUGAUGAUGUUCAUUUGAAUCAUUUGAUGAAGAUACGGUCUGCUUGGUGUCCCCCCUGUAAAGUGACCUUCCUUUGCAGUUAGCAUAUUGUAAGGGGUACCUCGUGUGUUGUAAAUAAAUAUUACCACCCCUGGCACUCUUA